AAUCCCCACUAUCCUCUUUGUACCCACCCCUCUUGAGAGCCUCUAAAACCAGAUCUACAAACUCUUCUUCACCAUGGCUCUCACCGUCGAGAAAACCUCUACUGGCCGUGAAUACAAAGUCAAGGACAUGUCCUUAGCCGACUUCGGCCGCCUCGAACUCGAGCUAGCCGAAGUCGAAAUGCCCGGACUUAUGUCCUGCAGGACCGAAUUCGGCCCAUCGCAGCCCUUCAAAGGCGCUCGCAUCACCGGUUCACUCCACAUGACUAUUCAAACCGGUGUCCUUAUCGAAACCCUUACCGCCUUGGGCGCUGAGGUCAGAUGGUGCUCUUGCAACAUCUUCUCCACCCAGGAUCACGCUGCGGCCGCUAUCGCUCGCGAUUCGGCUGCUGUGUUCGCCUGGAAGGGGGAAACACUACAGGAAUACUGGUGGUGUACUGAGCGUGCUUUGGACUGGGGCCCUGGUGGUGGUCCAGAUCUGAUUGUUGAUGACGGUGGUGAUGCUACUUUGUUGAUCCAUGAAGGAGUUAAGGCUGAGGAGGAGUUUGAGAAGACUGGAAAGUUGCCGGAUCCUACCUCGACUGAUAAUGCAGAGUUCCAGAUUGUGUUGUCGAUUAUUAAGGAAGGAUUGGCGACUGACCCGAAGAAGUACCACAAGAUGAAGGAGAGAUUGGUAGGUGUGUCUGAGGAGACUACCACUGGUGUUAAGAGGUUGUACCAGAUGCAAGCUAACGGUACUCUGUUGUUCCCUGCUAUUAAUGUCAACGACUCUGUUACCAAGAGCAAGUUUGACAACUUGUAUGGAUGCCGUCACUCUCUCCCUGAUGGUUUGAUGAGAGCCACCGAUGUCAUGAUCGCUGGAAAGGUAGCUGUCGUCUGCGGUUACGGAGAUGUCGGAAAGGGUUGUGCCGCCGCCAUGAAACAAGCUGGUGCCCGUGUCAUCGUCACAGAAAUCGACCCCAUCUGCGCUCUCCAGGCCACCAUGGAAGGACUCCAAGUCCUCACCUUGGACGACGUAGUUUCCGAAGCUGACAUCUUCGUCACCACCACUGGUAACAAAGACAUCAUCAUGGUUUCUGACAUGAAGAAGAUGAAGAACAAUGCCAUCGUCUGCAACAUCGGUCACUUCGACAACGAAAUCGACAUGCUUGGACUUGAAACCUACCCCGGUGUUCAAAGAAUCACCAUCAAACCCCAAACCGACAGGUGGGUCUUCCCCGAAACCAAGACCGGCAUCAUUGUUUUGGCUGAGGGUCGUCUCAUGAACUUGGGUUGUGCCACUGGUCACCCCAGUUUCGUGAUGUCGUGCUCGUUCACCAACCAAGUGAUUGCCCAACUCGAACUGUGGAACGAGAAGAGCACUGGAAAGUACAAGAAGGAGGUAUACGUGUUGCCAAAGCAUCUUGACGAGAAGGUUGCCGCUCUUCAUCUUGGAAAGCUUGGAGCUAAGUUGACCAAGUUGACCAAGGACCAGGCUGACUACAUCAGCGUACCAGUUGAGGGUCCAUACAAGCCUGCUCACUACAGGUACUGAGCGUGUCGGUUUUUUGGGAGGACAUUGUUGGUUCCUUUUCAAGAUACAAUUCGAGUAUGUGUUAGCGUUUAGUUCUGUUUGUUACUUUAUCGGGGGUGUUGGCAAGAAAGAAACCGACUGGUUGUUUCUUGAUGAGACGACUGUUUAUGUUGGUUUGAAUAAGGGAUCUGUGUGAUGGUUGUGUGGACUGUUUUGUAGUUGUUUUUUUGGUUUAGAGGUUUUGCUUGCUAUGGCUUUUGCUUCUUAUUUCAUUGAGAAAAAAAGAGUAAUUUUGUGCACCAAGUAUUUGAAUUUUAUAAAAAAUCUAGUUUGGCAAGCCAAAUUCAAGACGUA